GCCGCUCGGCCGCGGCUCAGCUCGGUCCACCCAUGUUCGCCUACCUGGUCCUGCUGUUUCUGGUGGUGUUUGUGACCACGUUCCUGUGGCGCGCCGCUAUAUACAAGGAGCAGCUCCGCUUCUAGGCGGCACCAUGGCCACCUCGGCCGGGUUCGUGAGCACGGUGCUCAGCACGGUAUGCCUGCAGGCGCUGAGGCCCACCCUGCCGCCCGUGCCGCCUCUCACCGCGCCGCAGCAGCAGAAUGAGGCGUACCGGACGGCCUGUGACACCACGGACGAUUACCUGCGGCUGACGGACGGACAGCUGGUCGAGUGGAUGCGACCCCGCGUCACCAGAAAUCUCCAGAAUCGCACCAUCAGAGUCGGCGUCAAAAAGCUGCCGCCGCCAGUGCCGCCGCGCUACGAACCCGACAGCUGGUCGAUCCGCGUGGUCCAAGUGCUCGCCUCCGUCUUCAACUUCACGCCCGAGUACGUGGGCGCGCCAGUGCCGACCGGAGGAGUCCCGCAGAGCGGCGGCCGCUGGAGUGGACUCACCGGACAGCUGCUAGAGGACGAAGUGGAGAUGACAGGAAGCUUCCUGGUAUCCAGCAUGGAACGUCUAAACCUCGUCUCAUUUGGUGAAACAAUCGGCUACUCUCAGAUCGGCCUGCUGAUAGAAAAGCCAAAAGCGGAGACUCGAGACGACUCCCUCUUGGCUCCAUUCAGCAGUCACGUGUGGCUGCUGAUUCUGAUCUCGAUGAUCGUGAUGGGCCCGCUGAUCUGGGGCAUUAUCCGGUUCCGGGUGUGGCUGUCCACCGGCGACGCGCACCUGAACCGGGUCAUCCCGCUCGGCUCGUGCGUCUGGUUCGUGUACGGCGCGCUGAUGAAACAGGGCUCUGUGUUGUCGCCCGUCACAGACUCGUCGCGAAUGUUGUUUGCCACCUGGUGGAUAUUCAUCACGGUUCUUACGGCCUUCUACACGGCCAACCUGACCGCCUACAUGACGCUGUCGGCGCUCAAGGUGCCCGUCCAGAGCAUCGACGACAUCAGCGGCAACCAAAAGUCCUGGCUGGCACCGGCAGGUGACAGUAUCCAGAUGUAUGUGAACAAUUCGGCGACACUUCGCCGACUCCAGAGUGCUGGUAGGGGCUCCUACAUCCGACAUGAUGAGCCCAUCGCCAGAACCAUCAGCAAAGUUCGCUCCGGUUACGUUUACAUUGACGAGGUGUCCAAGCUGAAUGCGAUGAUGAUGGCCGACUACUACGCCAGUAACCACACGUGCCACGUGUACGUGGUGCCGCUCAAAGACCAGUACAUCAAGUACUCGCUGGCCGCUCCCAAAGACUCGCAGCUGCACCACAUCUUCGACCCAUUCGUCCACUGGCUGGUGAUGUCCGGCAUUGCUAGCAAGUGGAAGCGCGACGCCGAGGUGGACGCCGAGCCCUGCGCCAUUCCCAAGGGCAUCCAGGGCACGCAGCUGAAGAACGAGGAGCUGCGCAUGAUCUACUACAUCCUGCUCGUCUCGUACGGCUGCGGCGUGGCGCUGCUGCUGUUGGAGGUCGGCCUGGGCCGGCUGCUGGACCGGUGUGCCGGCGGAGGGGGCGCCCGGCCCGCCCGCCAGUCGCUCUCCGUGCUGCAGCGCGUGCUCGGCCAGGAGGCCGGCGCCGCCGCCGGCAAGACCGCCUGGCCGGCCGCCAGCGGCGACCAGUCCAAGCCGACCACCACCUACGCCUACGGCAUGUCCGUGAACCCGGCGGCCGUUUCCACGUGGUCUGCGGUGACGACGUCGCUGACGCCGCCGCCGGCCGGGCCGGCCUCGUCCGCGGCGGCGGCCGGCUCCGGCUCGGGCGCGCCGCGCUCCGACCGCGAGGUGCUGCAGGAGAUGCGCAACAACAUCAAGUACAUCAACAACCGGCCGUACAUGUUCGUCAGGGAUGGCGCCGGCGGCGUGCGGCCCGUGCCCGUCACCGAGGAGCGCAGCGAGGUGUUCGAGCGCGUCUUCAAGGACCUCAAGGAGCGGCCGAACAGCUCCAGAGUUGACGACCACUUCGGCGACCUCUAUUCUCCCGAACACCUCAUGCGGCAGUAGGCUAGCACGGGCAAAGAGCUGCUCAUACCCACCCUGCGCCACUAGAGAGAACGCACUAGACAAAUGCGGAUGGUGGACCGUGGACAUUUGGAAGACUCUUUAUAAGAUAUUUUUCUCUUUCUUGUAGAUAAAUCGUCUGGUCAUGGCGUUAAAGCGUUUGGGACAUUUUACAAAUUGACGGAUGAAAUCAUGUGAUAGAAAAUAAGUAGGUAUCUAAAUGUACCGGAAAACAUCGACGUCAUUUCGAAAUCUUCGUACCUAUAUUUUCAAGGCUUUUAUGGGCUGAACUAAGAUAAAAAUAUCUAAAUGAGA